AUGCCGGCGCUGCAGACGCCGCUCUUCAGCGACGACGACACCAAGUGGCAGGCCGUGCAGUCGCGCGACCCCGGCGCCGACGGCUUCUUCGUCUACGGCGUGCGCACCACAAAGGUCUUCUGCCGCCCAACGUGCAAGGCCAGGCUGGCGCGCCGGGCCAACGUGCGCUUCUACGCCACCGGCGACGAGGCCAAGCAGAACGGCUUCCGGGCCUGCAAGCGCUGCAAGCCCGAGGUGCUGGGCCUGAUGCCCGAGGAGGCCGCCGUGCAGAAGAUCCGGGCCUUUGUGCGCGACCACCAGCAGCCCGGCGCGGACCGGGGCUCGGGCGAGACGCAGAGCCUGAGUCAGAUGGCCAAGAAGACGGGCCUGUCCAAGUGGCACUUCCACCGCGUCUUCAAGAAGUGCGUGGGCGUCACGCCCGUCGAGUACCUCAAGAGACUGCGCGACGGCCCUGCAGGCUGGAGCCCCGAGGCUGAGAGCGACGGGGGCUUGAGCUGGACCGACCAGCUGGACCUGACCGGCCUGGACAUGGAUUUCGACUUUGACUUUGGCUUCCUCAACGACCCUCUUCUUGUCGUCGACCAAAGCACACAGAGCUCAUCGACAUCAACAACAGUCUCACAGAAGGACUGCUCGCCCUUCACCUUUGACGAUCUCCUGGUCUGGCCCGAGAGCAACACAGCCGAGUAA